AUGACGCCGGUGCCCCGUGGCACGGGGAUUAGUGCCGCUAGAGCGGAGUUGUUGGCCGCUCGGAAGGAAGCUCGAGAAGAGGCCUUUAAUAAGAUGCUUAACGACCGAAUCGUUCGACGAGAGAUGAUGGAGCCUGUCCUCGAGCCAGAGAAGGGGACGGUCAGUGGGACCUCAUGCCUUGAGGACCACUCGGGACUCACGUCUGAGGAGUUGAGAGCCUCAGCGGGCCGGAAUGUCGCUGCCAUCAUGCAGAUGGCCACUCGGUCUAACAACUUGAAGGGCUCAUUUGUACGGCGUUUUAAAGAGGCGGCGACUGAACUUCAGGAAAUAGUGGAGGCUCUCGCGUCUCGGGCGGAGACUGAAGAGAAUCGCUGGCUACGUGAGGACAAUGACCGGCUACGUAACGAGAUUGAAAAAAUUAAAACGGAGUUGAAGGCUCACCGACGUGAAUUUUCCGAGAUGCAAACGGCGGCUAAAAGUGGGACGGCAAAAAGCACCGCGGCACCUACACUGGAUGCAGACACAAUUGAAGCAUUCAAGGCUUCAAUUGUGUCCUCGGUCGGGGUGAUGUUAGAUGCCCGAUUUGCCGGCAUCGAGGAGCGUCUUCUUCCACAGAAGAUUAUUCGUCCCCCUCUGGGGGCGGAUCGCAGAUCAGCUACUCCACAGACAGUCAAUCCACCGGAGUCAAUAAUCCAUAACGUUGAAGCAGCGGCGGCGUCCCCUGGAGCUACACCGGCAACUGCUGGCUCAAGUGGGGCGUCGCCGGUUGCAGAUAGCUGGGCAACCGUUGUAAGAAGGAAAGGGAAGAAGACCUCUAGCCCGGCAACGUCCGCUGCUGCACCUCCAGCGGAUCCUCCGAAGGCCCCUCCCGCAGCUACCCCAAAAAAGGCUGAGCGAAGCGUCGUUGUUCCUAAAACCGCCGCGGUUAUUAUUACGAUGACGUCAGACGCAUUAAAAAAGGGGGUGACCUAUGCUCAGGUCCUUGAACUGGCUGAGAAAAAAAUUAAUUUGCAAGAGCUGGGCAUUGGUGCGGGUAUGAAAAUACGACGAGCCGCCACGGGAGCUAGACUCCUUGAGCUACCACAGGGGCAGACACAGGAGCAAGCCGAGGUACUGGCUGGACGACUUAGGGUGGCAUUGGACGGUAUAGCGGAUGUUAACCGACCAUUAAAAAUGGUGACCCUCUGGGUCACUGGUUUAGACGAUUCUGCCACGGAUGAGAAAGUUGCAGCGGCGGUAGCCCGGGCUGGGGGUUGUCUUCAGUCUGCAGUGAAGGUGGGUGACGUGCAGCCGGGCCUCAGAGGAAUGGGCUCGGUUAUAGUUCACUGCCCGGCGGACGCAGCCAAGAAGAUUUGUGACACUGGGCGGCUGUUGGUUGGCUGGAGUUCUGCCGAUGUCCGUGCACUUGAGCAACGCCCCUUGCGCUGCUUUAGAUGCAUGAGCAUGGGGCACACGGGCCCCGUUUGCCUCUCAAAGAAGGACCGGAGCAGACUGUGCUUCCGGUGCGGUGGCGAAGGACACAAGGCGGCGGGGUGCGUGGGUACUAUGCGUUGCGCCGUCUGUGCUGAUGCGGGCUUGUCGUCGGGGCACAUAAUGGGGAGCAACAGCUGUUGCCCCCCUUCUGUUAAAGGAGGAAACGGCCCCCAGCCGCGGGCCAGUGAAAAGAGUCCAGCGCGGGAGGAUACUAAUAUGUCGUCAUGA